CCUGACCCCCCAAAGCCACCCCUGGGAGGGGGGUACCAGCCCCCUGCCAGGCCCUCAACCCCCCCAGAUUUGCCCCAGAGAAGGGGGUACCAGAUCCCCACACCCCCCCCAGAUUUGCCCCAGAGAAGGGGGUACCAGAUCCCCACACCCCCCCCAGAUUUGCCCCAAAGAGGGGGGUACCAGCCCCCUGCCAGGCCCUCAACCCCCCCAGAUUUGCCCCAGAGAAGGGGGUACCAGAUCCCCACACCCCCCCCAGAUUUGCCCCAGAGAAGGGGGUACCAGAUCCCCACACCCCCCCCAGAUUUGCCCCAAAGAGGGGGGUACCAGCCCCCUGCCAGACCCUCAACCCCCCCAGAUUUGCCCCAAAGAGGGGGGUACCAGCCCCCUGCCAGGCCCUCAACCCCCCCAGAUUUGCCCCAAAGAGGGGGGUACCAGAUCCCCACACCCACCCCGGAUUUGCCCCAAAGAGGGGGGUACCAGAUCCCCACACCCCCCCCAGAUUUGCCCCAAAGAGGGGGGUACCAGAUCCCCACACCCACCCCAGAUUUGCCCCAAAGAGGGGGGUACCAGAUCCCCACACCCCCCCCAGAUUUGCCCCAAAGAGGGGGGUACCAGAUCCCCACACCCACCCCAGAUUUGCCCCAAAGAGGGGGGUACCAGCCCCCCACCAGGCCUUUAGCCCCUCCAGAUUUGCCCCAGAAAAGGGGAUACCAGACCCCCACACCCCUCCCAGAUUUGCCCCAAAGAGGGGGGUACCAGCCCCCCACCAAGCCCUUAGCCUCCCCAGAUUUGACCCAGGGAGGGGGCUACCAGAAACCCCCAACCCCCCCAUAUCAGCCCAUGGGAGGAGGGUACCAGCCCCCUACCCACCCUCUGACCCCUCUAGAUCUCCCCCAGCGCCCCCCCAGCCCCCCAUAUCAGCCCAUGGGAGGGGGGUACCAGCCCCCUUCCACCCCCCUGACCCCUCUGGAUCUCCCCCAGUUCCCCCCCAGCCCCCCAUAUCAGCCCAUGGGAGGGGGGUUCCAGCCCACCCCCAGCCCCCUGCCCCCCCUGGAUCACCCCCCACCCCCCUCCCCCCUCUCUUCCCUGCCGCCGCGGGGUCCCCCAGGACCACGGGUUACAGGGGGGUCCCAGGGGGGCCCUCCCAUCCUCCCAUGCCGGGAUACGGCUGUGCCUGGCUGUCAGCGCCCCACGGCGCUUCCUGCCCCGGGGGGGAAGUGGCGCAGGGCCCCCCCCCCCACCACCCCACCACCGCACCCUGCCAUGGAGGAGCUGCCCCCCGAGACGGGCGAGGAGCCCCCGCUGGAUCCCCCCGCCAGCACCCAUGGGUGCCCCCCGGGGGGGCCAGCAGUGACAGCAGCGGCGCUGGCAAACGGGGGCGAGGGGCGGCGGGGGGAGGCCCGGCACUUGGCCGCUCGCCUCUUCCACCUCGAUGGCUUCAAGAGGUCCCAGGUGGCCGCGUUCCUCCGCAAGAACAAUGAUUUCAGCGGGAUGGUGGCCCAGGAGUACCUGGACUUCUUCCAGUUCGGUGGCCAGACGCUGGACCAGGCGCUCAGGUCCUUCCUGCAGGCACUGGUGCUGACGGGGGAGACGCAGGAGCGCGAGCGCAUCCUCGGCCACUUCUCCCGGCGUUACCAUCACUGCAACCCUGACGCCUUCCCCUCCCCAGACGCCGUGCACUCCCUGACCUGUGCCAUCAUGCUACUGAACACCGACCUCCACGGGCAGCGCCUCGGCCGUGCCAUGACCAGCGCCGAAUUCGUGGCCAACCUGAGCGGGAUGAUGGACGGGCAGGAUUCCAGGGAGCAGCUGAAGGCUCUGUACGUCUCCAUCCGCAGUGAGAAGCUGGCGUGGGCGGCGGAUGAGGAGGAGGAGGAGGAGGAAGAGGCGGGUGGGGGGGGCAGCCUGGCCCCCCCAGGCCAUAAGAAGAGCAACCCCUUCCUGGACCUGCCAGGGGGGGCCGGGGCUGUCACCUACCGCCGGGGCUGGCUGGUCAGGAAGGUGCUGGCCGAGGCUGACGGCAAGAAAACGCCGUGGGGCAGACGAGGCUGGGAAACCCUUCCAGCUGUGCUGAAGGGAACGGUCCUCUACUUCCUCAAACCCGGGGGGCGAACGGGGGUCCCGCGCCGCUCCCCCGAGCCGGGACCCUGCCCGGCCCCCCAGGAGGAGGAAGGACCCGAGGCCGAGGAGCCCUUGGGGGUCCACCACGCCUUGGCCGAGCGCGACAGCAAAUACACGAAGCGCCCCAACGUGUUCCGCCUGCAGACGGCCGACUGGCGCGUCUUCCUCUUCCAAGCCCCGACGUCGGAGGAGAUGUUCUCCUCCCGCAUCAACUUGGUGGCCGCCCUCUUUUCCUCCCCGCCCUUCCCCGCCGCCGUUGGCUCCCAGCGCCGCUUCGUCCGCCCCAUCCUCCCCGCCGCCCCCAGCCGCAGUCCCCCGGAGGAGCAGCACCGCUGCCACGAGGCGUGGAUGGAGCGGGUGGCCCAGGAGCUCUUCGAGCACCAGCGGAACCUCCCCGAAAAGCGGGGGCGAGCCCGCGACCUGGACGAGUACCGCGCCAAGAAGGAUUAUCUCCUUUACGAGAGGCGGCGCUACGAGACCUACGUGCAGGUGCUGGAGACGUGGAUCAACGCCGGCGCCCGGGACGUGGAGGAGUGGGAAGCCCACGCGGGGCCGGUUGUGGCCCCCCCGGACCCCCCCACCCUGACCAAAGCCCACUCCAGCCCCUCGCUGGUCCCCGACCCCCCCAGCGCCCCCACCAUCCGCGUCAAGAGGAACAUCUCCGAGCGGCGGACGGUGAGGAAGAUCGUCCCCAAACGCAACAAGAACCUGCUGUGAUGGAUGGGGGGGGGGACACACGACACCCAUGGGGACAUUUUGGGGGGGGGGGCGGGGGAGGCACCCCCCAAACCCCACCCUGGUACGAGGUUCCUUCGGGCACCACCAGUAUUGAGCCAGCCUGGGGGGGGGCUUGGGAUUACUGAUGGGGGAAACUCAGGGAGAGACCCUCCCCCCCCCCCCAAAGGGAUGGGGGGAUUUGGGGGGGUGUCGCAGCCCCCCCCCCACCCCGCUCCCCCCCAAGCAUCGCUGCUGCGCCCCCUCCCCACGCCCGCUGCCUGCUGCUCUCCGUGUGCAAUAAAGGUGUGUGUCCCACCGCUGCCA